AAUACCUGAUGCUCUCAGCUCCUUCCUUGCUUUCCUCGGGUGGAUACCGACCAGAUUACUUUUCCUUGGACUUCAGAACUAAGGGCAAUCCGCAGCAGAAGUCCUCAUGCAGAGAAUGUAGGACUUUGAAAAUAGCCACCGCAGCAGUAUUCCUCAGGUCUGAUACAGAGGUCCUUGCGAGGAAAAGAGGUCCCGAGGACGCAAGGAAUAUUAUUAUUGGUUGUUUAAGUGGCGUCCAGGGCAGAGGUAAAAGUGGGCUCGAUGCAACACAGCUGGAAGCGCUUGAUGCAGCGGUGGACGAGCUCGAAACAAGUGGUGGCGUCAGAGCUCCAACAACAUCUCCACUUCUGGAAGGUCGCUGGAAACUCCUCUACACAUCCCGGCCAGGCACCGCAUCACCAAUCCAGCAGACAUUUGUCGGUGUCCAGGCAUUCUCAGUAUAUCAAGAAGUACUGGUUGGAGACAGCGGUGUGCGCGUGAACAAUAUUGUCAGCUUUGGCAACAAUAUUGGCCAGCUCAAGGUGGAAGCAGAAGCCAACACCGAUUCCCGGCCGUUGCCAGGUUUCACACCCCGCAAGGGCAAGGGUCUUCCAAUAUUUGGAAAGAGCAAGACAGAGCCGCCUGCCAAGAAGGACAUACGAAUUGACUUCCAAUUUGACAGAGCAGCCUUCGACUUAAAAGUGCUGCCAUUCAAAGUGCCCUACCCUGUUCCAUUCAAGCUCUUGGGCGACGAGACAAAGGCAUGCAUUGGCUGGAUAGACAUCACAUAUCUUUCACCUGAUGGUGAUUUCAGGUUGUCAAGAGGGAACAAAGGGACAUUAUUCAUCCUGAUAAAAGACACACCAGCAAAGGAUCGCCUUCUUGCAGCUGUGCAGAAUGGCAAUAGUGAUUCGGAGGCCAAGGAUGCGAAUCCGCUGCAGAAGCUACUGGCUAACAAAGUGGGCAACUACCAGCUGCUGGAGGAUGAGGCAGGGCCUGGGGCGCUGCAGAACGUCGUUGAGCUGGCCCCCUUCUUGAAAGUACGCGCCGGUGCAACCUGUGAGGCAGACCAGACAGCUUCUGGCCGGGACCGCACCACCGUGACCAUCAACUAUGCCAGAGUGGAGAUUUUCAACGCCAGGAUACCAUUGCCCUUCAACAAUGUACAACCUGGAUACAUAGAGUGGCUUUACUUAGACGAGAACCUGCGCAUAACGCGAGGCAACAAGGGGAGUUACUUCAUCCACACCCGGACCUGAUGGCGUUUGUAUCCAGAGGCAGCCAUUGCACCCUCUCUGAGGAGGCUGCGAGUUGUGAAGUCGGGCUGGCGAGUUGCUAGAUCUCGAUUCUAGAAUUGACCAUGGUUGUCCCAUAUGGAUCAGAUGCAUCAGAACAGGUACUGUACCUGUUCAGGUGACCUGUGGCUAGGUACACCUGUCAAGUUCAUGCACCAUGACGCGCACAGAUCCUGCCCCCAAUUUGAAGGUACUACCAGAUAGCAUGUGGCAGAUAGACUCGUAGUCUACAACAUGAGGUCUAGACGCCUCCGAUACGAGAGUACUGUGUAAUACAUGUGGUGUC